GGCACUGCACUAUAAUGCACAAAUGGAUACUGACAUGGAUCCUGCCAACUCUGCUCUACACAUCAUGCUUUCACAUUAUCUGUCUAGUGGGCACCAUAGCUUUCGCUUGCAAUGACAUGAAUCCAGAGCAAAUGGGUGCAAAUGUGAACUGUUCCAGCCCUGAACGACACACUAGAAGCUAUGAUUACAUGGAAGGAGGGGAUGUAAGAGUGAGAAGACUUUUCUGUCGAACACAGUGGUAUCUGAGGAUUGAUAAACGAGGAAAAGUAAAAGGGACACAAGACAAACAAACUAAUUAUAAUAUUAUGGAGAUCAGAACAGUGGCAGUUGGAGUGGUGGCAAUCAAAGGGGUGGAAAGUGAAUACUUUCUAGCAAUGGAUAAAGAAGGAAAACUCUAUGCAAAGAAAGUCUGCAAUGAAGAUUGUAACUUCAAAGAACUCAUUCAAGAAAACCAUUACAAUACAUAUGCUUCAGCAAAAUGGACAAACAGUGGAAGAGAAAUGUUUGUUGCAAUAAAUCAAAAAGGGUCCCCUGUGAAGGGCAAGAAGACGAAGAAAGAACAGAAAACAGCCCACUUUCUUCCUAUAGCAAUCACCUAACCCUAUAUAGGACAUAAGGAACCAGUUCCAGCAGGAAGAUUUCUU